GUGUGCACGAGGCGCGAUUGAGCAUCGAGUCGAGUUGUGCUCAGAAGCAAUCCGAAAUCGAUGAACUUUGCGCUCAACUUGAUCAACAGACCAGCGCGAAUCAAACGCAACAAGAGAGAGGUAAACGACUGGACGCUGAAAUCGCUCAACUAAGACGUCGAUUCCAGGAAUCAAACGCCUCUCAUCAAUCCGAAAUUCGCUCAACAAAAUUCAAAAGUCAAACGGCGAAUGAUGAACUGAAUGAUCAAAUUGCCGCACUGAAAAGGUACGUUGACAAAUGUAGUCAAGAGAACCGUCAAUUACGGAAACAGAUCGCAAAAAGUACAAAGGAACUUGAAGAAACUAACAAGGCGAAAACGGAUGCUGAAAAUACACUGGAACCUUCGCAAGAGGCGAUCUCUGAGCUUCGCACAAAGAGUGUCGAGCAACAGCAGGACAUGGAAGCAUUGAAUUCAGUGAAUCGUCAAGUAACCACGGAAAUCGGUGAGCUGAGGUCACGCCAAAAAGAACUAGAGCAAGAACUGGCUGAGAUGUUACUGGCGAAGACAUACGUGGUGAAGCAAUUGAACGAAGUGAGUGGAAUACGCACGGACGAGAGUGGCAAACGACAAGCUGUCGGUUCGCAAAUCAAAAAUCUAGAAUCCGAGAAACUUAGGCUACAAGCAACAUUGGAGGAUGAGAUGAGAAGUACGGACGAGGCACGUCGAAAGCUAGCCGAAAUGAACGCUGAACUCGGGCAUUACAAAGGUCGCUUCAAUGAAACCAAUACGUUGGUUUCAAAUGAUACAGUUGAAAGUUUGAAACGGCAGUAUAACGAACAAAUAGAAGAAUUACGUAAAAGAGUCGAAGACGCGAAUUUUCGAAUCGUUAACGCGGAAAAGGACAGAAUGAGAAUGUUGUGUGAAUCAGAGGAUAUCAAGAAGGAAGUGGAUCGUUACAAGGCGAUUAUAGCGCAGUCAGAAAGGCGAUCGAAUCAGCUGAAUGCAGAGUUGAAUGAGUGGAAGAGAAAAGUUAGUGAAGUGAGUCAAUUGCUGGAUGAAGCACAACGCAAUGCACAAAUUCAAAGUGCUGAUUUAUAUGGUGAACAAACGACAUACGAUAAACUGAUAACGGAUAUGCAAUCAGUUGAACACGAAAAUCAGCAGCUACAAAAGGAGAACAACGAGCUGGGUGAACAGUUAGUGGAAACAUCGAAAAUGCUGGAUGAAACAAGGAAACUAACGAGAAAUUUAGACAUGGACAAGCACGAACUGCAACAAACGAUCGAUCAAACAGAAACGUUGUUGGAGAUGGAGCAAGGAAAACUGGAGAGC